AUGGGCUCUGCUAAACGAACGAUAUAUUGUGAAUCUGCCAUGGCUCACAAUGAGAGUCUAAAUGUUCUCAAUGAUGGCACUGAGAAUAAGAAACUGACUGCCAAACUACCUGACUGGUUGAGUACCAGAUGGAACCGAAAGGCCACGCUAUACCAACUGGAAUACCGGAGGUUCCCAAACUUCAGCUAUUUUGUGACGUUCCUAACAAUGGAAGCUAGUGAUGCAAUUGGAGUAAGUCAUCGCAUCAUUGUAAGGCAAGUCACACCUGGAACCAAACCACCAGUCAAGCUCAAAGGUGAAGUUCACUACGUCUGCAAGACUCGGAUCAAAGAAAUGUUCUCUCCAGAUGAGAUAAUCAAGCUGCUGGAAUCCGAUUUCAGUGAAAGAAUGGAUAGACUUCAGUUUAAAAGUGCAGUAUUGAAGUAUUACACUCAACCAACACCAGGGAAGGCAGUCUGUAAUACAUGCAAUGAAGGUGUCAGCAUGGGAGCAACAACUGGGAAAAACAAAAAUACUUCAAACCUGUGGUCCCAUCUUAGGAUUCAUCACCCUGAGUUGUAUGAAACAGCACAGAAGAAACGGGAAUCUGAAUCUCAUCAGGAUGAGGCAACUUCAUCUCAGCCAACAAUAGAGGACAUGUUUCAGAAACAAAGAAAGUGGACAAACUCCGAUGACAGGUCAAAACUAACGGACAAACUAGUCCUAGAGAUGAUAGUCACUGACAACCAACCGUUCUCGGUGGUGUCUGAUGUUGGCUUUAAGCGCCUCAUGGCUGCAGCGGAGCCAUGAUAUGCACUGAAAAGUGACAAGUAUUACCGAACUGAGAAGCUGCAAGAAGUUCACCACAAGAUUGUGGACAAGAUCAAAGCGCUGAUUCAACCAGAGAAUGCUGGCUACUUUCUCUCCUUCACCACAGACUGCUGGUCUGGUGUGACAGAGUCUCUCAUGAGCCUGACAUGCCAUUUCAUCAACACUGAAUGGACAAGAAAGCAGGUCAUCUUAAAUACGAGAGCGAUGCAUGGGUCCCACACUGGGGAAUACCUGAAAGAGACAUUCCUCAAUAUGCUUGAGGACUGGAAGAUAAGCAAAGACCGUGUAGCACUAGUGCUUCGAGACAGCGGAGCCAAUAUUGUGAAGGGAAUGAGGCUAGCUGAGCUCCCAGACCUCAGCUGCACGGCGCACACCUUGCAACUUGUGGUGAAUGACGGUCUGGCAAGUCAAAGAGCCGUCACAGAUGUCAUUGCAAUGCUUAAGAAGUGUGCCACACAUUUCCACCACUCCAUUCUGGCCAAACAGCGUUUGCGAGUCAUUCAGAGGGAACUUGGCCUGCCAGAGCACAACAUAAUCCAGGCUGUUCCAACGAGGUGGAACUCAACACUCCACAUGCUGCAAAUAAUGCUGGAGCAAAAGCGUGCGCUUACCAUCUACUGUGGUGAACAUGGAGGAUUUGCAGGUCCUAAUGCUCACCAGUGGGACCUUGUGUCCAAUUUAAUUGAAACUCUUCUCCCAAUAGAGGAAGUGACACUUCAGGUGAGCCACAGCAACUCAUCAGCAUCCUGCAUCAUUCCAUGUCUGACUGUGCUGAAGAUGCUUCUUCAAGAUGAUGAGGGGCCCUCCACGAAAGGCAUCAGAACGCUCAGGCAAGCCAUGAGGGAGAGCCUCGACAAGCGUUUCUCAAAAGUAGAAGACACAAAAACUGUGGUGCUGGCCUGUCUCUUAGAUCCUUGUUAUAAGAGUCAUGCAUUCUCCUCUGCCACGACAUUGAGCAAGGCCAAAGGAUGGUUGAAAGAGGAAGAGGACACUAAUGACGGAAACACCCACAAAAGGCAACGGAGAGAACACACAUCCUUCCGCAGCCGUGUUGAUGAGAUGUUCAGUUCUCUGCUGGCACAUCACACUGGUGACCUGCUGGCCAGUAGCUGCGUUGAGGAUGAGCUACAUCUGUACCUCAAGGAGCCAGUGAUCGACAGGCGUAAAGGGGACCCACUCCAGUGGUGGAGACAGAAUGAUGGGCGCUUCAAGCUACUUGCGAAACAAGCAAGAAAGUUUCUUUGUGCACCACCCUCAUCAGUCCCAAGUGAGCGCGCGUUCAGUGAAGUCUCUGCAAUUUAUGAGAGCAAGAGAAGCCGUCUCACUGGAGAGCACGCUGAACAACUCUGCUUUUUGCACCACAAUCUGGUGCUGCUCAAUUGGGACUACUAA